CCUGCGUUUUCUAGACAAGUUGUCUGAAUCUUCACAUCAUAUCUUCACUCACUUGCAUCGCGUAUUCGCUUCUUUUCGGCCCGUUUCGGUCCUGUUGGGACGAGCCAAGCGAUGAGAGAUAAAUUGCCAUCAUGUCUGAACCUGUCUCAGUCUUGGGAAAUCUCGCAUAUCAACAAUGCGAUGCGGUGAACUUCGAAGUGAACUGGUGAACGAGAAUUUUUGUUGGUGGUGAAUGAGUCCUCAGUUAAAACAAGUGAGUCGUUCAGUUUGAACGGUGGAUGAAUGGAGCGUCACUCCCCCAGCCCAGUGUCAGCAAAUCCAAAGCUCACAAACAGCUGCCGCUGUAAAUCACAACACUUCCCUUGAUCGACUGACAAUUUCUUUAUAAAGAUGGUAGUAGCAUGUUCGUUCAGUAGUUGCAAAGCAAAGUACAGCAAGAGGGAGAAGUUUGGCUUUUUUCGAUUCCCGUGCAGACGACUGAACCCACAGCAGCGAUUCUCAUGGAUAAGCGCAUUGAAAAAGAAAGGUGCAGACGGCAGCUGUUGGCAGCCCACCAAGCACGAUAGGAUAUGCGGGCGACAUUUCACGACAGGCAGGCCAUCGAAGUCACCGAGACAUCCAGACUUCGUACCUGUGGAAAGUUUGGAAAAGACAGCAUCGGAGCCUGCCGUAGAGGUCAGAUCGACAAAGGAACAAGCUCUGUGCGAAACUCCGCAAGAAGUUACGAUGGCUGACGCUGGCUCCAUCUGUGUCAAGACUGAACCCUACAACGUCACCUGUCCUGCCGUACCAGGAGACAGUCACGCAACUUAUGCAUUGCAAGAAAUGAUUACUGCGAGCCCUUCAAUUCAAAUUAAGGAAGAGCCUCUAGACACAAGCACAUCUUCUUUGCAAGAAAACAGUGAGGAAUGCAUAACAGGUAACUAUUCAGAAAUGAUUACUGCGAGCUCUUCAAUCCGAAUUAAGGAAGAGCCUCCAGACACAAGCACUUCUUCUAUGCAAGGAGACCAUGGAAACAGGGAGGAAUGCAUAACAGAAAUGAUUACUGCGAGCCCUUCAAUCCGAAUUAAGGAAGAGCCUGCAGACACAAGCACUUCUUCUUUGCAAGGAGACCAUGGAAACAGGGAGGAACACAUAACGGAUAAUUAUUUAGGAGCAGUUGCAGUCAGAGGUGUGCUUCAACUUAAAGAACAACCUCAGGACUCCCGGUGCAACCUGACUUCAAGUCACAGUUGCUCAGCUGCACAGUUCACAGACAGUCCUCUCGACCGUGGUUCCUGGGACGCAGCGAACAGUGGCCUCUCAGAAGUGGACUCGGUGUCGGACAAAAGCGCAUCUUCGAGGGAAGAGGGUCAACAGCAAGGACAGUCGGAGCAGGAUGCACGCCUGAAAAGUCCUACACGAACAUGCAGCGGACAGAAAUCGUACGGAUGCGAACUCUGUCCUGCUACAUUCACUCGACCUGGCAGCUUGAAACGUCACAUGAGAACCCAUACGGGAGAGAAGCCGUUCAACUGUAAACAGUGUGGAGCAAAAUUCACUCUCUCUUCAAGUCUGAGACGCCACGUGCGAAUACACAGCGGGGAGAAGCCCUACAAGUGCGAACUGUGCCCUGCAGCAUUCGGUCAGUCCAAGUGCCAAAAACGUCACAUGCGGACGCAUACGGGAGAGAAGCCGUACGAGUGCGAACUCUGUCCCGCAGCGUUCAAUCAGUCCUGCGACCUGAAGUGUCACAUGCGGACACACACCGGAGAGAAGCCAUUCAACUGCGGACAGUGUGGCGCAGGAUUCACUCAGUCCUCGAACCUGAGGAUUCACACGCGAACGCACACGGUAGAGAAGCGGUACAAGUGCGAACUCUGCCCCGCGGCGUUCCACGUGUCCGAAAACCUGAGAUAUCACGUGAGGACGCAUACGGGAGAGAAGCCGUUCAAGUGCAAGCGCUGCGGAGCGGAAUUCGCCCAGUCUGCACACCUGAGCCGCCACGUGCGGACGCACACCGGAGAGAAACCGUACAGCUGCGAACUCUGCCCCCUGGCGUUCAGUCAGUCUUACAGCUUGAAGCGUCACAUGCUCACACAUACGGGAGAGAAGCCGUUCAAGUGCGAGCAGUGUGGCGCGCGGUUCACUCAGUCUUCAAAGCUGGUGAGCCACACGCGAACGCACACCGGAGAGAGGCCGUACAAGUGCGAACUUUGCCCCGCGGCCUUCAGUGUGUCCGAAAGAAUGAAAUCUCACAUGCGAGCUCACACCGGGGAGAGGCCGUACACGUGUAAACUCUGUCCCGCAGCAUUCAGACGGUCUUACAACCUGAAGUGUCACGUGCGAAAACAUACUGGAGAGAAGUCAUUCGACUCCGAGCAGUCUGGAGCACAUCUGAAAGGUCACGUGCAGACGUGCACGGAACACACUGAACUUCCGGUAGCCUUGCUUGCCGUUGAGUGCAAACACACAGUGACAGUGACAGUGCUUCAACGCGAACGCAUCCACAUCAUCUACAAAAGGUGGGCGGAUAAGCUCUACGCCACGUUGAAGGCAGAGCUCAUCUAUAAGGAGGCCUUCGGCGGCCAUUACGCUGUCGUUGCACGGCUCGCACUUCUCGAGAACUUUGCUGGCUCUCGUGACAACAGAAUCUGGGACUCCCCCACCGUACGCGGCGCUGACGAACGAGAUCAGCCCACCCGGGGUCUCGCCGACGAGGACUUUUGCGGUGCAAGCGCCCCUGCGUCUGCUAUAGGUUUGUACCAGACAUUCCAGGUCCCUUGGCUUCUGGAUCGGAAUUUCUACACAGUCCAAGAUGACUCGUGUCUUCCCCUCCGUGUAGAGCUUGCAGACAGUAUUGAAGAGUUUGAACCCAGGGAUACAGGUCAAGGCGAGCAAGGCGUCGUCGUCUUUCACACUCGAGAUGCUGAAAAGCUGGGACCUCUCGGGGAGAACGGUGUUAACUUGAAUUCCUGUCUCCUUGAAGUUGCAAUGGCUGACACCGGCUCCAUCUGUGUCAAGACUGAGCCCUACAACAUCACCUGUCGUGCCUUACCGAGAAAUUCUCACGAAAAUAAAGUUACAACAGACGAUAGUCGAGAAAGGAUUACUGCGAGCCCUUCGAUCCAAGUUAAAGAAGAGCCUCCGGAAACAAGCCCCUCUUCCUUGCAGGGAAACCCAGCAAACAGUGAGGAAUACGUAACAGAUAACUGUUUAGGAGCAGUUGGUGCCAGUGGUGCGCUUCAAAUUGAAAAAGAACCUCAAGACUCUAGUAGCAACCUGGCUUCAAGUUGUAGUUCCCCAGCUCCACAGUUCAAUGACAGUUCUCCCGAUCAUGGUACAUUGGGCAGAGCGAACGAUAACCUUUCACAAGUAUGUGUAGAGCCCAACAACAUUGCAUUCCUGAUGGAACAGGGUCGACUUCAAGGGGGACACCUGGAGCAAGAAGCACAUCUGACAGGUGACACGCAAACAGAUUCCGUAAAGAGGCCGUACAAGUGCGAACUCUGUCCCGCAGCAUUUACUAGAUCCGACGGCUUGAAACGUCACGUGCGAACGCAUACGGGAGAGAAGCCGUUCAACUGUAAACUGUGCGGCGCGGAAUUCACCCUCUCCUCAAGUCUGAGGCGUCACACACGAACGCACACCGGGGAGAAGCCGUACAAGUGUGAACUGUGUCCCGCGGCAUUCAGUGUGUCAGAAAAAAUGAAGUGCCACAUGCGGACCCACACCGGAGAGAAGCCGUACAAGUGCGAGCUCUGUCCUGCAGCGUUCAGCAACGGCAAUGGCCUCAAGUGCCACGUGAGAACGCACACGGGGGAGAAGCCGUACAAGUGCGAACUCUGUUCCGCGGCAUUCAACGUCCCGGAAAACCUGAAAUAUCACGUGAGGACACACACCGGAGAGAAGCCGUUCAAGUGCCAACACUGCGAAGCGGAAUUCACACAGUCUGCACACCUGAGCCGCCACGUGCGGACGCACACGGGAGAGAAGCCGUACAAGUGCGAACUCUGCUCCGCGGCAUUCAGCCAGUCUUACAGCCUGAAACGUCACAUGCAAACGCACACCGGAGAGAAGCCGUUCAACUGCGAACAGUGCGGCGCAGAGUUUGCUCAGUCUUCGCACCUGAUGAGUCACAGGCGGACGCACACCGGAGAGAAGCCGUACAAGUGCGAACUUUGUCCCGCGGCGUUCGGCGCGUCGGAAAAAAUGAGGAAUCACAUGCGGACUCACACCGGAGAGAAGCCGUACACGUGCGAAUUGUGUCCCGCGGCGUUCAGUCAGCCUUACAACCUGAAGUGUCACGUGCGAACGCACACCGGGGAGAAGCCGUUCAGCUGCGAGCAGUGUGGCGCGGAAUUCGCUCAGUCCUCGAAUCUGAGAAACCAUAUGCGAACUCAUACGGGAGAGAAGCCGUACGAGUGCGAACUCUGUCCCGCAGCGUUUAGUCGGUCCAAAAACCUGAAAUGUCACAUGCGAACACAUACUGGAGAGUAGCCAUUUGAAUGGAGACACGCAGAUGGCGAGAAUUCAUUCGGACUACCGUAAUUUUACGCGUAUAAGCCGCAGGACCCGUUUUUAGGACAAUUUUGAAAAUUUUCGGGCAGGUGAGUCGCGGGCAGUACGACACGACCGAUAUGUGUGACAAAGGAGACCGUAGAAAGGUCGUAAACCCUGUGGUCCAUACUCUGGGGUUGGCAUGGUGUACAACAAAGGAGGUCAGUUCUAGUGUUCUACGAAGAUCAGAUUGUGGUCUUGUUGGGUGUUUCUCAUGGAUGGACGAGUCAGUGGCCUUCCAGAACACCAGGAAGGUCAGUCUACUAGAAUGUGGACGCGCCCCUGUUAUGCAUUGUCCGUGCAUUUGACAGGGCGGUGCUGUUCCAGAGACACUGUCGGCACUUUCUUUAAAACCAGCGUAUGGGGAGAACACCAGGGAAAAAUAGUCACAAGAUAAGCCGCAGAUCGCCUGUGAGAAAAAAUUGCGCAUAAGCCGCAGCUAAUACGCGUGAAAUUACGGUACACAUCUGAAAAGACACAUUUAAACGUGCACGGGACAGCUUCUGGGAGCCUUGCUCCUCACCGAGUAAUACACAUUCACAGCAUAAUUUAGAGCAUCCUAUCAGCAUGGCUGCUCCACAUCACAGACACACACAGGCUGCUCUGUCUUGGUAUUGUGAAAUUGCAAUUCACUUCAGCCAUAUUGAUGAUGUUUGUUCUGUCUUCUCCUGUAUGUACACGAACUGCGCAAUAACUGACCACAUGCUUGGCUUGGAAUUCAAAACAUAGCUAGAGAUUUUUCGAAGAAUUUUUCCUAAGGAGAUUUUUUGUACAAACACGGUCGUAAAGACAAUCUUCAAGGAUGUAAGCACAAAGAACAGAGAAAAUGAAACGAAAGGUGUCAACCUCAAAGGACAGUGAUGUCUACAACUGUGUAAAUGCAACCACGAGGGUACUUCAGGGCAGCCAUCAUGAAACACUCCCUAAUUAAUAUAUGUCACUGUGCACUCAUGGUCCACAGUUGUGUUGCGAUGUCAAGCCAUCAGUAUGAAAUUAUCAUUAUUAAUACAACUUCAUUGUGCAAAUAACUUUGUUUCAUGUAACCCAUUGGUAAGGCCCCAGGUCUUCCGCGAAAUAUCGCGGAAUCCUUGGCUUGGCACAGAGUUUCACUGAAUCCCUUAUUUUUAGGGGUGUGCGCUUAUUCGAGUUCUUGAAUUCGAGUCAAAUAUUAAUCACUCGAAGUAUUUCAUUCGCGAAUUGAAUACCCAAUAUUCGGAUUUCCGAAUAUCCGACUUCGCAGAAUAUGAACGAUACCUCUCGAAAGUGGGCUUCACCUGACGCUUCCCUGCAUGAGGUGAAGCAUGCUUUACAAAAUUGUCCAUGCUGCAGGACAGACAGACAGAUUGUAGUCAAGCUUAAGGUAACGUUAGCCCAAGUUUAUUGCGCGUACUCCGCAUGAAGAAGGGGCGGCGUCCCUCAUUUGGGCAGUUUAGCGGUGGCAGUGGGGUAUUUUGAUUUGAUGUCUGCAAGAUUGCCUUUAUAGACUCUUAACACCUGCAGCCCAGAAAAAAAAAGGGGUGUCCUAAAGACGUAACUUCCGCAGGGCACGUAUUGUAAGCUCGUUCCCAUGAUCUUCCUGUAAAGUUCCUAUAAACUCCAUAGAUGCCAAAAGAUCUUUCAGCAGGUGUAAAAUGAUUGCAGGCGACAGACGGCAUUCUUUGUCAGAGAAGAACACAAUACAUAUCAUUAUGUAAUGCUGAGCCACAACAGUGCUUUGAAUCAGUAAUUUUAUCAAAUAUUUUUUGUUCCCACAUUAUCCAAGAAAAUAAAGCGUUUCCCGUAUCGAACAGCCGUUGACUGCUUGCCACACCUUGAAUUUGCCGCAGCGGAAAGCCAAGGGCCUUACCCAUUGGUUACUCCAACAUGAUUGGCCUUUUGCUAAUGGCUAUUUCUGUCGUAUGCUUUUCUCUUUUGCCAUUAUGUGUCUGAUGUAAUUAAUCAAUACUUAACGAUGUUUCCAACAACCGGACAUUUACAACAUGUC